AUGGUUGUCCUUAAGCGUCCCUUCACCCUCCUGGCUGCCCUCACUACUAUCGCGGCGGUGUCGAUCAUUCCGACAUCUGUCGAGGGCGCCGUAGUGCCCGUGGACUACAAGGAAGCUGAACCGAGCGCGAGCACCGCGGACGCUCAUCACUCGGCCCAUGGUCAUACCUUGACGCAGACCGAAUCCGCCGACCAAUCUCGGUCGACGAGUGCGGAGGAUAGCAAAACCGGGAAGGGACAGAGGGAGCAGCAGCCGGUCCUUCCUUUGCCAGUACCCACUCAAGACGUCGCGGGUGAUGCGGGAACUCAUCACAAGGACAAGCGCGGCGUAUGGGAUGAGUCUGACUCUGCUCAACAUGUCGGACUCGCCUGGCUCGCAGGUCGCGACGACUCUGUCAAGCACAACAUCGACGUAACGCGUACCCCUGGCAAGCGUCACGACCACGACCACGAUCGUCAUCACGGCGAAGUCAUCGUCAACGGAGAUCACGACGAUGUGCAUCGUCGUACGGUCAAUUCCCGUCUCCGUAGUCGCUCGCCCGAUGAUAUCGCCCAUGUUGAAGGCGGCGCGCUUCCUCACCUUCUUCCAGACCAGGGCCUUGGUCGUCGUUCCCCGCAUGACCGUCACCGCGACAAGGUUGUCGUUAACGGACAAGAUGACCACGUCCAUGUUCGGCGCUCCGUCCAUGCGCGUCGUUCGCCACGACAUCAUCAUGACCAUGACCGCGACCGUCAUGACGCAGUCGUAGUCAACGGGAGCAACGACAAUGUACACGUCCCCCGUUCGCCCCACGAUCACGACGACCGUCAUGGUCGGCAGAAGGUUGUGGUCAAUGGCGACGAUGAUCACGUUGACGUCCACCACCGGAGAGCUGACGUUGAUCCCUCUGUCUACGUCUCGGGCAACAAUGGCUCGCCGUCCAUAGCUGCACAUAUUAUGGGUCGUGAUGGGCAACAGACGGUUGGCGUACCAGGGACAAUCGAUAUCAUGAGCGAGGAUCCUAGCUCAGAGAACGCACUGAAGAUCGCUUCCUUGGUCCUGUCAGCGCCGACCAAUAGUACAACUACUGGUGGCAACUCGACUGCGUCCAGCUUCGUCUUGAACGCUUCUGGUUCAGCACACACUCAGAUGUACCUCGUGGCUACUCCGGAUGCAGGCAACUCGACGUCGUCCGGAGACUCUACCUCUUCUGACAACUCGACAACCACCGAUCCGUCUUUUAUCGCGGUUGUGAUGCAAAUCCCUGUGUUCGAUGCUGCGACUGCUCAGAUGGACUCGUAUUGUGCUACGUUCGACCCGAACCCGCCGGCACCGUCUCCCCUGACUGUCGAGGAGUGCAUGGCCAACAACACCGCUGGUGGAGAGCACAAGAGUCAGAUCUUUGCUUACGAGCCAGCUACCGGCGUCCUCCGACCGAUGUGGUCUGUCAAUGGCUCGGCCUUAGACUCAGAUGGCAGUAUCUCUGGUUCAAACAACCCGACGGCGAUGUCUAGUAGCUCGACUUCUUCAGCCUCCGGUUCCACCGCUUCUGCGACGACAACGACGAGCGCGGCGCCCACAGGGACGAACCUGGCUCAGGACAUCGUGAAGAACUUGGAGGAAGACUGGACGGAGGCGACGACGCCACCGUCUCGCAUGUCUUCGGCGAAGAUCUAUGACGUGAACCCGAUUUCCCAGGCGAAGAACGUCACGCUCGUGUUCACGCCUGCGGCGCCGAUGGUUGCGCCGGCGGUCUCGGGCCCUCUCAGAACGGUGGCGCCAGCCUCGACGGAUGAUGAUGAUGGCGACAUUCUGCUGGCGAUGGACUCUGGUGAUGACUUGGGCGACGAUGACGGCGAUGGCUCGGACGAUGACGACGAUGACGACUCCUCUUCUGUGGACGACUCUGCGGACGACUCUGGGAUGGACGGCUCAAACUCAACGUCUUCAACGGCUACCGCGUCGAUGGGUGUCUUCUCUAGUCCAGCGGCUAAGGUCGCGUCGGUGUCUUCGUCUGUGGCUACCUCGUCUUCAAGUGAUACAGCCACUCCCACUGUGCUUAGGGUUGUCACGGCCACGGCAACGUCGACGGACUCCGCGGCUAUGAGCUCUGCGACUACUUCAGCUCAGGACCCUAGUCUCGCCGUGGAGGUGUACGAGCCUAUCGCGUCGAUCUCGGUGUCUCUCGGUGUGUCGGUAUUGGGCUCAAGCGCCUCGACGGUGUCGACGACGGGCUCAAACAGCGCAGCUGCCUCUUCGUCAACCUCGAGCAGCACGACUACGACUACCUCUGCGUCGGACUCAAGCAGCGCGACUACCUCUGCGUCGGACUCAAGCAGCGCGACUGCCUCCGCGACUGACUCGAGCAGCGCGACCGCCUCCGUGACCGACUCUAGCAGUGUGGCUGUUUCGACGACGGACUCUAGCAGUGCGACCGCCUCUGGGACGGAUUCCUCCAGCUCGGCGACGGCUACCGACUCUUCUUCUAUCGUCGCCCGGUACAGGAUGCUCGUGGAUCAGAGCAGCGCCAUGGGCACGAACUCGACGAGUACGGCGAGUGCAGGCCCCGCGGAGAUGACCGGGCUUGUUGGGAAGUUCCGGGAGGGCACUGUGUUUCCGGGCAACAAGGGCUGGGUGCAGGCUUGAGAUGGGAAUGUGGUUGGAGAGAAUGUUUUGGUCGAGCACAUCACUACCCAACGUUCCUUGACGUUGUUUCUACAAUAUGAUUUAUUAAUCGGGCUGAACUUGCG